GAUCUAAACUUUACAAUCCGAGUCUAAAACAGACAUCACAUCUCUGUGACGCAGUCAAAAACUAAUCUGUUCAGAUCCCGCCCCGGUAGGUCAUUAUAAUGUCAUUGGUCACAUGCGCGCACACUGUAAACAAUACCAUUGGCUGUGGAGUGUGACAACCUGCUAAUAAAAGCCCACAGCCCUUCAGAACACACGUGUCUCUCCCCGGAUCAAUAUCGAUCUCAAAAGUAGCCUCUUUGAAGUAACGACGGAGAACUUUAUUCUGUGAAGAUGAUCCAAAAUAUUUAACAAUUACACUUCACGUCAUUCAAGAACUGCAGACAAAUCAAAAGAACAGCUCUCAUGCAAAACAGAAGAGACAACCUGAUCAGAUUGUGAGUUUCCAAAGCGGACAGCCAAGCCAUGAAGUGCUCUGCUAUAAUCCUGCUGCUCAACAUCUUCUCUGCCUUUUCGCAAUUUCCCCAUGACAUUACCUAUAUGGUGGGCUGCUUCGAGAAUGGGACGACUGAAAUACAGUAUCAGUUUGACUCUGAGGAGGUUCUACACGUGGAUUUUAAAAGACAAACUGUUGUAUUCAGUUUGCCCAGAAUAAUUACAGCCCAGGCAGAAAAGAUUUUUGCUGAUAUGCAUGUUUAUAGAAAUGCUUUAAAAGCCAAGAGGGUGUGUGCAGCAUUUGAAGCGUUCUUGAAAGCAGAGAAGAUGCAUCCGGCAGAGGAAAAAGACAUGCCUAGGAGUGUCCUCUACCCUGCAGAGGAAGUUCAGCUGGGAGUUAAAAACAAACUCAUCUGCUUAGUGAACAACUUCUACCCACCGGACAUCAAUGUCAGCUGGACCAGAAAUGAUCGUCCGGUGUCGGAGGGGGUGUCACUCAGUCGAUAUUAUCCCAAUAAUGAUCAAACCUUCCGCCAGUUCGCCUCCCUGACAUUCACACCGAGGGAGGGGGACAUUUACAGCUGCACUGUGGAGCACUCUGCCCUGGACAGGCCGAUAACAAGGAUCUGGGAUCAUGAACUGAGUCAGAAAAGUCUUGGACCAGAUAUUUUCUGUGGAGUGGGCCUUACUCUGGGUCUGUUGGGAGUCGCAGCUGGAACAUUUUUGAUGGUUAAAGGAUGCCAUGGACAAUAAUCUCUCUGCUUUAGAGAGAUACACACAAGUGCUUAUCUGUAUUUAUGGAUAACUGGAAAAUGAAUUAAAUGACGGGAUAAAGUGUGAAAACACAUUUGUAAGUUAAAUAUUAGGAGUCAUUUGCAUCUGCAGCUUCUUGCCUUACAAUGAAUCUACAGUCAAAAAUCAGGAAAUAUAUUAUUCCAUUUAUAACAGGACGUGCUGGAUUUCCACACUGAACAUAAAUAGGCUUUAUGGUUUGAUAAAACAUGUUAUCUUAUUUUAUUAUUUAAUUGGCUGGUGUUUCUGUUCGUCCUUGGGGUCAUUGCAGUGUUGAUCUGCUUCACUGUUAUCUGUAACUUUGAUACGUAGAUAUGUUUCAAUUAUAUACUAUUUUAUUAUUUAUUUUGUACAUAAUACACAUUAAAUAUUCAGAUAAUCUGACUGAUCUCUUUUGCAACAGUGACCUGUGUAUAAAAGAAAUAUAAAGAAACAUAAAAGCAUCAGAGACCAUCACAGGCAAACAAUCGCAAGUUCAGUGUGAACACCAGUGUAACUAGAGUUCAACAGGUCUGAGAUCUGAUUUGAGAUUGAGGAAGCGAGAGUGAAGAAAAGUUGUCUACUCAGACAGUUUUGUAAUGUUGUAAUGUGAGAGUUUUACAAAUAAAAACAAAGAGUUCAA